AUGGCUAAGUUGUCGUGGUUGUGACCUUCCCCAACCCCUUCUUUUCCCGGUCUCCUCAAUCAUCAGGUGGCAAACAUAGAAUUGAACACCAAAACAUAAUAUUUAAUAUUCAGCGUGUAUAUAAAUCUUCAAAUCUCAGCCAUUUUCAUUCACAGAUCAAGAAAUAAAAACAUUACAUGCUGUCAAGAUCCACCAUGAAGCAUACUUUAGUAAGGUCAGCGGCACGAGCUCUGCUUGGCGGUGGCCGUAGCUACUACCGCCACCUCCCAACAGCCGCGAUCGUGGAGCCGACACGCCAGCAUGGCGGCGGCGCGUUUGGAAGCUUCUAUUUGCGGAGGAUGUCCAGUCUUCCAGACAUCAAGGAUCACAACUCAGAGGAGAAAAAAAACGAGGUCAAAGACACCGACACCAACGCCGUCAUUUCCAGUUACUGGGGGAUCUCAAGGCCCAAGGUCCGCAGGGAGGACGGAACUGAGUGGCCAUGGAACUGUUUCAUGCCAUGGGACACUUACCACUCAGAUGUGUCAAUAGACGUGACCAAGCAUCACACACCGAAGACAUUAACCGACAAGGUUGCUUUUAGGUCUGUCAAGUUUCUAAGGGUUCUCUCUGAUUUAUACUUCAAGGAACGGUAUGGGUGCCAUGCCAUGAUGCUGGAAACAAUUGCAGCGGUUCCAGGAAUGGUGGGAGGGAUGCUGCUGCACCUGAAGUCUCUGAGGAAGUUUCAGCACAGUGGGGGAUGGAUCAAGGCAUUGCUUGAGGAAGCAGAGAACGAGAGGAUGCACCUGAUGACGAUGGUGGAGCUGGUGCAGCCCAAAUGGCACGAGAGGCUUCUGAUUUUCACUGCACAGGGCGUUUUCUUCAACGCCUUCUUCGUGUUUUACCUCCUCUCACCAAAAGCAGCACACAGGUUUGUUGGGUAUUUAGAGGAAGAGGCUGUGAUUUCAUACACACAGCAUUUGGAAGCAAUUGAGAGUGGCAAAGUUGAAAACGUCCCUGCUCCUGCCAUUGCCAUUGACUACUGGAGGCUCCCCAAGGAUGCAACUCUCAAAGAUGUUGUCACUGUGAUUCGUGCAGAUGAGGCUCACCACAGAGAUGUCAACCACUUUGCUUCUGAUAUUCACCAGCAAGGAAAGGAAUUAAGGGAGGCACCAGCUCCUAUUGGUUAUCAUUGAGCCAUUGUUGUAAAUUUUUAGCAAAAAGAAUUUGUAGCUUUUCUCAUCUAGAACUUUCUAUUAGUGACUGAAGGAUCAAUAAAAUGCAUUUGUUUGCACUCACUCUAAAA